CCUCUCCACAGCACUCACAGCUGUUCUUAUCCACGUCUUCCAGAAAGAUCUUCAGCUCUUACAGAAUCUGAAUAUUUGUAAUUGACUUGCUUUUACGGAUAUCUCGUUCUUUAAAAGCUAUAAAACAAACUCCAAGAACAGAAAAAUGCUGCCUGCAACCUUCAAACUGUGUGCUGGCAUCUCCUACCGGCAUAUGAGGAACAUGACAGGUUUGAGGAAGAAUGCGCUGGUGGCCAUUCACCAUGAGCUGAACAGACUUGCAGUCCCGGGCCCCAGUAACUGGAUCAGCCAAGUCCGCAGACGUAGCUCCCUCCUCAGCUCUCGAAUUGAAGAAGAGAAGGGAUAUAGUGAGGAGGAGAUUUCUUAUGUGAAACAAGGUGAGGAUGCACUGCAGAAAGCCAUCAGCAUCCUCAGUGAACAAAAUGGCUGGACUAUUGAGACUAUGGCUGCAAAUGGAGACAAAGUCCUGAGUAAGACAUUGCCUGACAUCGGGAAGGUAUUCAAGCUGGAAGUUAUGCUGGAGCAACAUCCUGACAAUCUUUACCAAGAGCUGGUGGGAAAUAUGGAGCAGAUGGGCGAGUGGAACCCAAACGUCAAGCAGGUCAAGAUUCUUCAAAAGAUCGGCACAGACACAAUGGUCACUCAUGAGACGUCUGCAGAGACACCCGGCAAUGUGGUGGGGCCCAGAGACUUUGUAAGUGUCCGCUGUGCCAAACGCCGGGGCUCCACUUGCUUCCUGGCAGGGAUGUCCACUCAACACCCCAAAAUGCCACAGCAGAGGGGGGUGGUCAGAGCGGAGAAUGGUCCUACCUGUAUUGUAAUGAAGCCCUGUGCUGAAGACCCAAAUAAGACCAACUUCACCUGGCUGCUAAAUAUAGAUCUAAAAGGCUGGAUCCCAAAGACAAUCAUAAACAAAGUGCUCUCUCAGACACAGGUGGACUUUGCCAACCACCUCAGGCAAAGGAUGGCUAAUAAUGUUUCCAUGGAGAUGGCUCAUGCCUGCUGACACAAGAUGCCUCUUGAGCUUUGACUCAACGGUGGCAGACGAGCAAACCCUGUCUGAGCAGGAAGGAGAUCAGUUGAAAAUGAUGCUUGUCUGAGACUUUUGGAAAGUCUGUCAUAAAAUUGGCCAAUGUGUUUUAUUACCACUACAAUCUUACUCAUUGUGUUAUCUGAUCGUUUAAUCCCUUAACUCGCAGACAUGUUGAGUAAGUGCGAGCAGUAAAACAUGCAACAAUCUGCACAUUGUUUUCUUCUGAUAAACUCCCAAUUUCCCCCUCCCUCUGUGAAAUUGCACUUUUAUUUCUGUGUUGUAUUUAUUGAUGUCACACACCCAUGCAUUGAAUUACAAUGACUGUCAAGUGAAAGAUGAUUGUCAUUUAUAUUUAUGUCUUUAUGAAUUUAUUGUUCUGUUGGACAGGUAUAGUUUUAAAUAACAAUUCUAUCUCUUUCCUGAUACA